CCGUGUACGGUUCGGACAGUUUGCUUUGCGACAUGGGAUGGUCGACUGGAUUCGAGGCGAAAUGAAGAACGCUGUAACUGGGCGCAUAUUGGGGAUGCAACGAGAUGGUUGCCUUCCGCCUGAUGAAGCGAAAGCUGCCAAGGGGAGCACAACAGCACAUCCAGUCGCUUCCCCGCCAAUCGACGUCAACCACCACACCACUUGCACGGCUACAGUGACAUGUCCAUCUACCUCUUGAUUCACCACCUUCUCUCAACUGCCAUCUGUACAUGUUUGACUGCCUCUAUAUCUCUGAUGCCGUUACAAUGACCUGUUCACUCUCCUUCUCUACUUACUGUUGACAGGUCUUCCCCCAAUACGUUGAUGCAACUGAUGCUGUCGACUUAGCUUGACAAGGCUGAAUACACUUGCACCCAACACACGUUGACCCGGCUCAAAGAAGGGCUCCCUGCCAUCCUCUGGGUGUCUUCGAACUAUCGUCUUCGUGUCUGUCUACUACCUGCGGAGUCUACCCUCUAGUCCUCCGGACGUCGGUAUAUGUUCGACUCCCCUCUCCUUCCUACGAUACCCCACGCGUCACAGAUUAUGGCAAACAAUGGAAGAAUACAAAAGACAGAGCAUCACACUGGUCAUAGCUCCGGUCAAUCUGGUACUGGAGCCGUCUCAGGCAACCACGUCUCCGCCAUACCCAAAGUCAUCUUGCGCAGAACGAGGCGGGCUAUUGGUCUCACUGAGCACCUCUCAGCUUUUCUCGCAUUCUGGCGCGGGGAUUCAGACACUUUAACUCUGUUCGACGUCGAAGUACUUGAACAGACGACAGAUUCAAGCCCCAAAAUGACAAGCCAACCACGUCAGGAGAACCCCGUGGACCUUGAUCCGCGUCCCACCACUAAUAAUUUGCAAGAUUCUAGGGUAGCUGUUGGAGAUGCGGCUCUCCUAAAGGGGUCUCCAGACAGGAAUCCGGAGCAUCACCAGGAGACGGUUAAGAAACGUGCAAUCCAUGCGCAUUCUCCACAGGCCAGACGAAGAUGCAAAUUGAGGCGCACUCAAUUUUCGGAGCCCGGAGAAGGCGAGGUCGUCGUUUGCCGAGCAUGCUUCGACCGAGUGAAGGUCCCCAUCUUUCUCGAUUGUGGUCAUUGCUAUUGCCGAACUUGUCUCAAUCAACUUGUCAGCGCUGGCACCGCCAACAGAAUCUCCUGGCCACCAAAAUGCUGCUAUGCUCAGCUGCCCAUGGACAUUGGCUCAAUCCAACAACAUCUUGAUGAGGCAGUCUGGUCCCGCUAUCUUAGCGUUCAUGAAGAAUACUCAGCCCCCAACCCGGUCUAUUGCUCUAACAAGUUCUGCAGUCGUUACAUUCCCUCGAGUCAGACUGGUAACAAGGAAAAGUUUCUCUUGUGCUCCAACUGCGGUGCCGAGACCUGUGUGGAAUGCAAACAAGGACGCGCUGACCAUGUCGGAGCUGAAGGCGACCCCUGCAAGAGCCUUGAAGACUUGAUGGACGUGAGGGAUCGCACACUCGCUAGAAGCAAGCAAUGGAAACAAUGCCCGAGCUGCAAGAAUCUGGUCGAGAGGAUCGACGGAUGCGACCAGAUCCAUUGCUCGUGCGGUGGGCGCUUUUGUUACAAAUGUGGAGCGAAUACGAGCUAUCCGGCCCAAUGCGGCUGUGUGCCUAACGUGCAUGAAAUCGAAGAGGUGAUUGCACGCCGUCGAUCAUCAAGGAGACUUCUGCGGAGCGUUGAUUCUGCUGGGCCAGAAGCGACUUCCUCGUCCAAUCCACUAGCUGGAGAGAAAGUUCCUCUCUGCAAACUGAACUCCGAGGUACCUCGUCCUGCUAGACACCGCGCUAGAGUUGCUUCGAAGGCAAUCUCUGGGAUUUCCACUUCAGAUCCAUAUAUGAAUACAUCAGGGCCACGGGAAACCACCCGACCACAACCUCCGAUAUAUUCUCCUUCUGCUGGGAUCCGACCUAGUGACAAUGAAGGGAACAAUACAGAGGCCAGAAACGAGCCAAUUACACCUCCCGAAUCAAUAUAUGGUGACUCCAUGUCGAUUUUGGGACGUUCAGGCACUGAAUCUAUCUCAAAUCCCGCUGAAAGAAAUGCCCCUCGGUCAGCGGCGCCUCCGAUGUCAUUUUCAUUUGAGCAACCGCCUUGGCUUUCUGCCUCUGGCCAAAACAUGAUCCCUAGAAUGCACCCUGGAAGCUCGAUGCCACUUUCAUUUGUUCCAUUUGAGCAACCACCUUGGCUUUCUGGCCCUGGCCAAAACACGUUCCCUGGAAUGCACCCUGGAACCAUGAUGCCAAAUUUAAUCUUCACGUCGCUUCCAGAAGCAUCUCAGACGUGGUUUACACCUACGCUACGCCACAGCAACCCAUCUCCGCUACCAGGAUACGAAUCAGCCACGAGUCGACAAAUAUAUGGCGAUCUAUCCCGGAGGCACGAAUGAAGGGUGGCCGCGGUGAAGGCUGGAUCGAGACACAGUCAGGUCGGAAGGUAAGCUCGAUGUCUUGAUCCAAAGGCCCUAGAGUACUUCGGGAGGAUGGAUGGUCGGACCAUGGGCAACACUUACUCCUGAGCUAUGUGGUUAAGAAAGUCAAAAGGCGAGCAAAAGACGCAAUAGGGAGCUGAUUUUCCACUUGUGUGUGUGUAUGUUGGGGAUAUUCACAACAAUAAUAAAAUUCGAGGAAGCAAGCGUGGUGUUGUACACCGUACUUGGACAUCAGUUGUUGUUUGGCGAUGAGAUACAAAUUGGUUUACUCAGGUCCGGGUUGGGUUCUUAAAGUUGACCUACGUGCCUGCGUACCUCGUACUUGUUGGCACUUGGAAGGUCUUGAGUCGAGACGGAUCUUUACUCAAUCUCACCGGGUUUUGGCACUAUUGCUCGCUUAUCACGCAAGUGGUGUGGCUAAUACGAAGAUCCUCAGAUCGGCCUCCCAACCUUGUCCUGGGUGGUCGGUCGCUCGGGGUGGGUACGUGGACUGGAGCAAGGCGCCGGCUGGAGUCUGAAUGGGAAUCAUGGGGGAAAGCCUGUUCACGUAACUCGGUUUCUAAUGAAUCAUGACGUCGACGACUUUUCUUUCCUGAGUGGUGAGAUGCAUACCAACUCUCGAGGCGAGUCACGGGUACGAAGUGGUGGUGUUGUGAAGCCAUGUAUGAUGAUGCAUGUGUUCUAGGAAUCUAGGCAGAUCGCAUCUCCAAAUACAUGGUAUCUAGGUAGAGUUGGUGGCGGCCGGAUUCAUGAUCGUGUGCAUUGUGACUACCUAGGAGCGAGAUACCAGACAACAUACAAGCCGAUCUGUGUGUCUCGUCGAUCCCUCGGUGCUUUUGCCUCGCAUCUGGUCUGACGUCUACUCACCAUUGGCGACCCUUGAUACGUACAUCCUCUGGACGCCCGAGGUGAUUUCACUCG